CUGAGUGCUGUGUUUAAAAGAGCUUGCACAGCCUCAUGUACGCUCAGUGGGCUUCCAGGCACAUGAGGGACGGCAGCUGUGUAACAACACAGGAACAACCACAAGGCAUCUUAGUGGCUGUGGAACAUCUGAUUUACUUCAAAAUAAUCUGAUUACAUGCAGGGGCAGACUAACAUACACACCAGCAUUAACAUCAGAAUGUAUGUGCCCGGAGCCGUGCUGGCCCUCUGCCUGCCCUGCUUUUUGAGUGGGAACGUCUUUGGUUAUGAAUAUGGAGAGGAUUACUCUGAUUCCUAUUAUAAUGAAAUCUCCAAUGGUGAACGCCUGCAAACAGAAGCUACACAAAUUCCCUGUCCGCCUCAAGACUUCUCACGCUGGGACAAACUUUUCAUCAUGCUGGAGGACUCUCAAAUGAAGCAAGACAUGCUCUUGCAGCAGAAUGAAGACAUGGUUAAGGUGGAGAUGGACUCCGUACAGAAGGAGCUCCAUAAGCUUAACAACAACAAAGUGUGCGUCCAGGCCUCAGAAAACACCUGUAAAUGUAUAAGUGAACAGAUGAACCGCAAUCUGAACCAAGCCAUGGAGCAGCUCAGAGAGGCUGCAGAUACGUAUCAAGCCCAAAACAACGAGACGCUGCAGCAGCUCAUUCAGUUCAGCAGGAACCAGGCCACCCGUCUCACCAAACUGGAGAGCAGCUCACUGCUGGGAGCAGGUCUAGGGCAAGUGGCCAUGAAGUCUUUCUCCACUUAUCCAAAGGAACAAGAAGCAAGCAAUGCAGAUGGCGGGAAGCUGGAGAGAGCGCUAAUGGCCACCGUUGCAGAUCUCCAAAGGGUACAUGCCCAGCUGGCCCUUUUCCAACGAGCAACAGCACACCGAUUUCUGCCUUCAGGCUGUGAAAUGGCUUUAUUAUUCCCAAUGCGCUCCAAGCACAUCUUCGCAGAGGUAACACCUUCCAUGUCCAUGUCCCUACAAUCAUUCACCAUCUGUCUGUGGGCCAAAGUGACUCAGUCUCUGAAUAAAACAGUGCUUUUCUCUUACGGAACCAAGAAAAACCCUCAAGAGCUCCAGCUUCUUUUGGCAAGACACUCGUUGCUCCUCACGGUGGGCGGUGAGACCCAUCUAGUGGAAGCUCACAGCGUAGUAACAGAUGGGCAGUGGGGACACUUCUGUGCAGCUUGGAGCUCAGAGCAGGGGCUGGCUUCUUUGUGGGUGAAUGGAGAGAGCAUUGCCAGAGUGCCUGGAGUAGCCGAAGGACACGUAUUGCCCAGUAAUGGAUUCAUUCUGCUCGGGCAAGAGCGCAGCCGCUCGGGUAUCUACAGAGAUCUGGACUCAUUGGUUGCCUUCACUGGAAAAAUGACAGGGGUGAACAUGUGGGACCACGUGCUGGACGCAGGGAGGAUUAAAGAGUACGCCAAUCAAGACGGAUCUUGUGAUAGCCGUGGGAAUGUGAUUGGAUGGGGUGUUUCAGAGAUCAUUCCACAUGGUGGCGCUCAAUAUAUCAACUGAGACUGCAUCAAUAUACAUCGCAGUUAAAUCUUGUGCAUUAAGUAAUAUUACAUUGUAUAUCAUCAAUGAUUUUGUAUUUACCUUCUUUUUCAUUCCAAAUAAAAAGCACUGCUUAAAGGAGUAAUUCUCUCAAAACAGAAAAUUUGCUGUGUGUUUACUCACCCUCAGGCCAUCCAGGAUGUAGGGGACUGUCUUUCUUCAGUAGAACAGUAAAGAUGAUUUUUAGUUGAACCCAUGAUCCCUGGUGGUUCAUAAAAUGCAAGUCAAGAGUACCGUACUUUGAGAGAAAAGAAGAAGAUACAAAAUGAAUGCUGUGGCUCCUGAUGACAUAUUGCGGUCUCCAGAAACUGAACAUUAUUUACAGUAUUAUUUCUUAUCCAUUCAGGUUCAGAGCAAUCGUUUGACUUUAUAACACUUCAAUAUAUCAUCAGAAGACACAGAUUGAAGAAUUCAUUUAGUUUUUCUGUUACCACUUUGUUUUACUCUUAAAGAGACAGUACACAUUGACCUAUAUUUUAUGAAUCACCAAGGACCACGGUUUCAGCUAAAAAUCUUCUGUACUGUUCUUUUGAAGAAAGAAAGUCAAAAACAUCUUGAAUGACCUGACAGUGUUUAAUGUUUGGGUGAACUAUUACUUUAAGGGAUAAUCUACACAAAAAUGACAUUUUUGUCAUCAUUUACACACCCUUAUGUCAUAUAUGAUUUUUGUAUGAUUCCCCCCCUGUGGAAUGGAAAAUAUAUUUUGAUAAAUCUUUCAGUGUGUUUGUCCAUACAAUGAAAUCCAGUGGGGUACAAUGGAAUUGUAUUGUACACUCUCAGAAAUAAAGGUACAAAAGCUGUCACUGUGGUACCUUUUCAAAAGGUACACUUUUGUACCUAUUAGGUUCAAAUAUAUACACUUUAAGUACUAAUAUGUACCUUUAAGGUACCAAAAUGGACCCUUUAGGUACAAACAUGUACCUUUUGAAAAGGUACCGCCCCAGUGACAGCUUUUGUACCUUUAUUUCUGAGAGUGUAUAGUUAAAAACAGCUGAAACAUUCUCCAAAAUAUCUUCUUUUGUGUUCCACACAAGAAAUAAAAUCAAGCAUGUUUGGAAUGAAAUGAAGAUGAGUAAAUGAUGACACAACUUUCAUUUUUGGAUCAUUAUCUCUUUAACCUUAAAACACUGUACACAAAGCCAAUUAAAAAUGUUUAAUAUUGUGUAUUCUUUUUUAAUUUAAGCUUUUAGUAGAGAAUCGCAUUACCAUGUAAAUAAAUUAAUUAAAUGAGUAAAAAGCUACUAAAUUCAAGCGGUGUGGCUCAGUGAGGAUAAUUAAUGGACUACAAUUAGAAGAAAUGUUUCUCUGUUGUUCCAAAUUAACAUUUUAAUGACUUAAGGUGCGGCAAGUCUGGAUUUAUUUACAUCACCAUGCUGGACAUGACUGUUUACAUUGGUCACCAAUGAUUCAGAACAGAUUUUCCCUCUUCUAUAGUUUGGUAAUUAACAAUGUUUGUCUGGCGUGGCAUAGGUGUUGCUCUAGUAUGACUAUUGCCAGUUGGUCCAGUCUGACCACAAAUAAUAUAAAACGAACCCAAACAAGGCGUAUGCUUUAACCAUAGUGGCAGUAACUUUGAAAAGACACCCAUGAAAUGAUUGUUACAAUGAGCAGUGUUUUCCAGUGGUUUGUGAGACAGUCAGAAUAGCCCUCCCAUGUUAAAUGACCUAACUUUGUCCUGUCAAUCUAAAAAUAGGCUAUAUUUAACCAUAUUAUUUAUUAUGAAGGCCUAACACAUCAAUAUCAAUGACUGUAUCACUUGCUAUUUCUGUAUUACAAUAAUAGGCCUAAUUGUAUCAUAAAAAUAUUGCUAUAGUUUUGUAACAUGACAUUUUAAAAAAAAAUUUUUGUAUGACAUAUAUCGUAAACAACAUUGUUCAAGUAAUUACAUUUACAGAGCUCAGAAUUAUUUGGAAAUCCAUCAGCUCAAAAACAAAGCGGUUACAAUAUAUGUGAAUUUGUAGCAAAACACACUUUAGGAGGAAAAUCAUGAUUGGCAGUCUAUGCGGUCAUUGAAAAGCCAUUAAUGUAGUUUUGGGGUGUCUUUUCUACACUUUUUACACUUGUCCCACUUUUAUUCUAUAUUUAAUUAAUUAAAUUUUGUUAUAUGAAGGACACAUUAAAACUGUCUUGGAAACUUU